CUUGUUGUGCUGUGUUAACAUCACACAGUGUAGAAUAAGGAAGUCCUGCUAAAGCUUUUGUUCCCCUACAGCACAUUCGUAUUUUUCUGGGAAAGAACAGAGGAACGUUUGGUCCGAAGCCUACCAUCUGGGGCUCCCUUCUUUCUGAGAAGACCAGGGCAGCCAUGAGUCGGGGACAAAAGUCGAAGACACAGGAGAACAGCCCUAGUUCCCUCCUGAGCAUCCAGGAAAACGAGCGGCUGGUGGAUCUCCUGGGGCGGAGAUGUGUGACCCUGGCCACCGCUGUGGUCCAGCUGUUCAUGGCUCUGCCCCACAGUCCUUUGGAGUGGAAUCUGCAGCACUGUGGAGUGUUGUGUUUCGUCAAGGACAAUCCUCGCCGCUCCUACUUCAUACGCCUCUUUGACAUUAAGGAAGGAAAGCAGAUAUGGGAACAGGAGGUAUACAACCAGAUGACUUACUCCAGUUCUCACACCUUUUUCCAUAUGUUUCCUGCAGAUGACUGCCAGGUGGGGCUCAACUUUGCAAGUGAACAGGAAGCAGAGUUGUUCAGAGUAACUGUGGAGGAGAAAAUCACUCAGAGAAACACACGCCUCGAGAAACGGCAACUUCCUCCAACACCCAGCAGUGACGACAGGAGAGGGCCUCCGCCGCUGCCUCCUCCCAAUGGAUCAACUGGACAUCUGGAGGGGAUGAUGACAGUGGACAUUCAGAACCCAGAUAUCUUGGCAUCACGCUACCGAUCACCUGCUGUUCCAGUCCCUGCACAUGCCAGCCUGUCCAAGGGAAAGAAGGACAAAAAGAACAAGAAGAAACCAAAAAUCUCCAAAGCUGAUAUUGGGGCUCCCAGUGGUUUCAUGCAUGUGACCCAUGUUGGAUGGGAUCCCAACACAGGAUUUGAUACCAACAACUUAGAUCCAGACCUGAAGAAGCUUUUCUCUUGCGCUGGUAUUAGUGAGGCCCAACUGACAGAUGCAAAGACCUCCAAAAUCAUCUAUGACUUCAUUGAACAGUCUGGGGGCCUGGAGGCAGUGAAAAUGGAAAUGAGGAAACAAGAAUGUGCCCCACCUCCACCUCCACCGGACCGUGGGGGCCUCCAUGCUUCUUCGGCCCCUCCUCCUCCCCCCACCUCCCGAGGGCGCUCGGGACCCCUCCCCCCCAUUCCGGGACAGGCUAUGCGAGAGCCUCCUCGUAGUCCUGCGCCCCCUUCACACCGUGGGGCCCUUCCUCCUCCUCCUCCUGCUGGUAGAACUGGUCCUCCACCCCCUCCCCCUCCUACAGCAACUCCCAGUCAUCGUUCCGCUGGUGCCCCUCCUCCUCCCCCUCCUGCCUCUUCGAUGACAAUGGGUGGAGGAGGAGGAGGGGGAUGUCCUCCACCUCCCCCUCCGCCUCCACCUCCCCCACCAGCCCCAAGUUCAGGCGGCCCUCCUCCCCCUCCUCCCUCUUCUGUGGGCUCAGCACCGCCAACAAGAACAGCAUCAAGUGGAGGGGGUAGAGAGGCUCUGCUGGACCAGAUACGUCUUGGAAAGAAGCUUAAAAAUGUCACAGAGAAUCCUGAUCCUCCACCCCCUGUCCAGGACGACUCCAGUGAAGGGAUUGUGGGAGCUCUCAUGAUGGUCAUACAAAAGAGGAGCAAAGUCAUCCACUCCUCAGAAGAGGAAGAUGAGGACGGUGACGAUGACGAUGACGACGAAUGGGAUGACUGCUGAUUUUUGUACUUUUGGCUUCUCCUUAUUUUCCAUCGUUCACUUGAUGUAUUUCCUGCAGUGCUCUCCAGAGUGAGGCCUGUUAAAUUUAAUUUGUCACUCGAUGACCUCAUCAGUGUGAGUGGUUCCAGUAUAAGCAACAGAGUCACCCUCUACCUGGAUACUUUUUUCAAUAUGCCUGGCCAGGGUAACUGUGUUUGCAUGACGUUUGUUUACACAGGCAAUAAUUUGCUAUGGAAGCCUGUAUAGCCCCUGUAUAAAACGAAAACUUGUUCUGAAAUUUACACAGUGCACACUUCUUCCAUUUCUUGGAUCACAGAUCCUCCACAGCCCCCCAAGAUGCCUACAUUAUGAAGUGAAUCCCCUUUUUCUCUGCAAUCAGUAUGCUAGUGGACUGUUUUGAGAAAUUUUAUU